CUCAUUCCUCACCCGCUAGUCGUGUAGAACGCGUUGCGCGCCGCGAAAUUCGUAUCAUUCACCAGUGUUCGUGUUAAGUGACUAUCACGAUGAAAGCUAUAACCGCAGUGUGCGCGACCGGAGCGUCCGUGCCGGCGAUCGCCAGCGGACGAGUCCAGAGGCAUCGGGACGGCGAGAACGCCGAGAUCCAGAUGUAUCUGUCGAAGCUGCAAGACCUGGUCCCGUUCAUGCCAAAGAACAGGCGGAUCUCAAAGCUGGAGGUCAUCCAGCAUGUGAUUGACUACAUCUGUGACCUACAGUCAGCGUUGGAGAACCACCCCGCGGUGGGUCAGUUCGAGGCCGAGGCGGCGUUGGCGCCUGCGUGCGUUUCGCCGCCCCGCCCGCGCCGCCGACCCCUUGGCCCCCGGCCGGCGCCCAACACCAUCCUCCCCGCUGACAAGGCUGUAUCCUCAUUGCACCACUCCAACCACACGACCCCAGAAAAACAAGACCAACCAGACAGGCCGUUGUCGUGUUAAGUGCUGAAUAGUUUGUAAGGACAUUUAUAUUCAUGGUAAACUUCAAUACCUCGGUGCAACGGGAGAGCUCCGCGAGAGAAGUGGCGACAGUGCCUCAGGUUCGGGAGCGUCCUGCAUCAGUUCCAGUGAACUUCAUCUCACGAUGAUAUCCUAAGUACGAUCUCGUUAAGAUCAAUGUAAUACGUUAAUUUAAUUAUUUGGUGGCAUUACGUGCAGAAGACUUGAGCGUUGCAAUGCAAUCGGCCGCCGCCGGCAUCCAGGGCGUCGGUCGGAGCGGUUUGUUUUGUUAUAAUGUUAAUGUAAAAAGCUUUAUUAGUUAUUAAUUUAGGUUGAUGUACGUGAACGUGUUUGUAAAUAUUCAUGUUGAGUGGUUUGCGACAUCUAGAUAAUUUUUGGUAUUUCCUUCAAAAGCUGUACUGUAAAACACUGUACUUUUUUCAUAAUAAUACAAUAGGAUGCUAUAAACGUUUCCUUCUAUCCAUAAAUUAUUCACAAAGACAAAUGAUUUUUUUUUAUAAUUAGGUAUUUAGUUUUAAAACGAUGCUUCCAUUUAUAUCAAAGACGUAAAUCAAUUCAAAGUUGAUUUACCUAUAUAAUUAUAUUAUAUUAAGUUAAAAAAAUUCUUUAGUGUGAUUAUGCAUGGUGAUUUUGUUGCUCUUAUAGAUUAUGAAAUUAUAAGUUCUAAACGCAAAAUUUCUUUUAUUAAUUUAUCGUUCUGCGUUUAGUACAAAUGAAUGUAAAUAGUAUAUAUGUAAUGAUAUGGAAAAUUAUACAAAAAGAAUUAGCGAAAAAAUUAUCAAAUUUAAUACAUUUUAUGAUUUUAUAUUGAAUGUAAGGUGAAAAUGCUUUAAUUAUCUUAUGUAAUCAAUUAUUAAUGGUGUAUUAUGAUUUAAACAGACUGUUAUAUUUUUUUUUUUUUUUUUUUUUUUUUUUUAUUCUUUACAAGUUAGCCCUUGACUACAAUCUCACCUGAUGGUAAGUGAUGAUGCAGUCUAAGAUGGAAGCGGGCUAACUUGUUAGGAGGAGGAUGAAAAUCCACACCCCUUUCGGUUUCUACACGGCAUCGUACCGGAACGCUAAAUCGCUUGGCGGUAUGUCUUUUGCCGGUAGGGUGGUAACUAGCCACGGCCAAAGCCUCCCACCAGCCAGACCUGGACAAAUUAAGAAAAUCUCAAUCUGCCUAGCCGGGGAUCGAACCCAGGACCUCCGUCUUGUAAAUCCACCGCGCAUACCACUGCGCCACGGAGGCCGUUAUAGUUUUAGUUAUAUUGGGGUUGCGUUGUAAAUGACGACAAAGUGUUGUUAAUAGAGUAUUACGUAAAAAGUUGGAAAUGUUAGUGACAGCGGAUUCUCAUUAUGUAAAUAGAGGCAACUCUAUGGUACAAUCAUAGAGCACAUUUUGUAUUGUCUAUAGUUAUGCAGUUAACUUGGCCAGUGUAGCAAGGACUAAAAGACCAUGCUUUUCUCAUAUAGAAGAGUUUACAUAAUGAAUUCCUCGUGUCACUAACACCAAUCUUUGAAAACAUUUGACAACUAAAAUUCAAUCCACGUCACAAAAUUAAUAUAAGUUGACUGAUUCACAAAUAUUUGAUCUAUCUUUCAUAUUUCUCUUUGUAUCACUUCUCACUGAUUUUGUAUAAGUAACAACUGCAAAACAAAAAUAAAAAGCAUUAAAUUA